GUUCAGUAGGGUAAAGGUGAAGAGCGGACGACAACAAAACACUGAACCACAUCACCGUCCAGCUAAUAUUUCUUCUGUGCGUGGAUGCAUUGAGUCAGCGUCAACAUAUCCUAAAGAAGGCAUAAGAAAUGGCUAAUCAUUUGUCAGAGUCUCUGCCAGAGCGGACCUUUCAGUACCAAAGCAGCCUGCCGCCCCUGCCUGUCCCGUCGCUGGAGAUAAGCCUUUCUAAGUACCUGGAUGCAGUUCGUCCUUUUGCAUCUGAGAAAGAGUUUGAGGCUACAGUGGACACUGUGAGGAAAUUUCAAGAGGGUGUUGGCAGAGAGCUGCACCAGAAACUGCUGCAGAGAGCCAAGACAAAGAAGAACUGGCUGGAAGAAUGGUGGUUAGACACUGCAUAUCUUGAGAGCCGCAUCCCCUCACAGCUGAAUGUGAACUUUGGCGGCCCAGCACCCUACCUGGAGCAUUACUGGCCGCCUGCAGAGGGAACUUCUCUGCAGAGGGCCAGUGUUGUCACAUGGCAUACAUUACAGUACUGGAACCUGAUCCGCACGGAAAGGCUGGCUCCUCAGAAAGCUGGCAAAACAGCAUUAGAUAUGGACCAGUUCAGAAUGCUGUUCUGCACCUGCAAAGUGCCUGGAGUAAAUAAGGACACUCUUCAUAACUACUUUAAAACAGAGCUCGAGGGCCCUUGCCCCUCCCAUUUGGUGGUCAUUUGCCGUGGAAGGAUCUUCACAUUUGAUGCCCUCUUUGAUGGACAAAUCCUCACUCCACCAGAACUAUUCAGGCAGCUGAGCUAUGUGAGAGAGCGCUGUGAGGGAGAGCCAGAGGGAGAUGGAGUGAGUGCUCUCACCUCAGAGGAGAGGACUCAUUGGGCAAAGGCCAGGGAGCAUCUAAUAAACAUUGAUCCACACAAUAAAACCAUCCUGGAGACCAUUCAGAGCAGCCUGUUCGUCAUAUCUCUGGAUGAAACGAAACCCUACUCCACUCCAGAGAACUACACGAAUAUGACCCUGGAAUCCCUUACAGGCAACCCCACCAUCCGCUGGGGUGACAAAUCGUACAAUUCAAUCGUGUACUCAGAUGGCACUUUUGGAUCUAAUUGUGAUCAUGCACCAUAUGACGCUAUGGUACUAGUGACCAUGUGCUGGUAUCUGGACCAGCAAAUUAAAGCUACAGAAGGCAAAUGGAAGGGCUCAAAUGCAGUCAGACCCAUACUUCCUCCUGAGGAGCUGGUGUUUACUGUGGACAAUAAAGUUCGAUGUGACAUCAGGAACGCCAAACAGCAAUACUUGGAGUCGACCCAGGACCUUCACAUUCUGUGCUACGCCUUCACAGCAUUUGGAAAAGCAGCCAUUAAACAGAAGAAGCUGCACCCUGACACCUUUGUUCAACUUGCAAUGCAGUUAGCCUACUUCAGAUUGCACAAAAGGCCAGGAAGUUGCUAUGAGACAGCAAUGACUCGAAAGUUCUACCAUGGCAGGACGGAGACUAUGCGACCCUGCACCACGGAGGCUGUGAACUGGUGUAGAACUAUGAUGGAUCCUGUGUGCAAUGUUAAGACGAGGAGGAAAGCCAUGCUGCUGGCCUUCCAAAAGCACAACAAACUGAUGGCUGAAGCCAAGGAAGGAAGAGAUUGUGUGCAGGUUUUGACAGGCAUCUUCUUGGUCUGUAUCUUAUUGCGAGAGAGGAGGGACGUCCCAUUCCAGAACUCUUCAUGGAUCCCCUCUAUGCAAGGAGUGGUGGUGGUGGUAACUUUGUGCUGUCGUCCAGUCUGGUGGGUUACACCACAGUUCUGGGGGCUGUGGCUCCCAUGGUGCCCCAUGGCUAUGGCUUUUUCUACCACAUCAGAGAUGACAGGAUUGUGGCCUCCGUCUCAGCGUGGAAAUCUUGCCGUCAGACAGAUGCUGCAUCACUGUUCAACAACUUCUUUAACUCCCUGCAUGAGAUGCUCCACCUGGCCACCACAUCUCAGCUAUAGGUGCUCACUCACACUAACAGACAGACAGUAGCUAAGCACGGGCUAAGUGACACAUUUGCCUUUUACCGUACAGCACUUGUUUGAACGUCAAUGCACAAACAUUUUACACACCUCAGUGAACAGCCGACAGCUAGCGACAGUAAUAUUUGUUCUCAGCACAGUUCAAUGCAAAUAGACAGAAUCAGUGCUGCUAAGAGACAUCCACUGGUUUUGCUAUUAAAAAAUAACUGUUUCCUUCCUAAGGUUUUUCUUAGCAUAAAUUGUUCUUUUGAUUGUAAAUAUUUUUCCUGAUUCUCUGAUUUUCAUGAUUCUAUAAUAUAUUUUCUUAAGAGUGUUUAAUUUAGACGCUGACAGUAUUAAUUCACAUUUAAGCUAACCUGAUGCCAAGGCUCAAGACCUUCUUAAUUUUUUUUUUUUUUUUUUAAGUGAGAGGUGGAGAAUUGUAGUAAAUAACAAGCUGUUUUGACUGUUGUGGCCUUAGAGUUUUCUGUUACAAUAGUAGGCAUUCAAAUUAAACCCAUAGAAAUAACUUUUAUAAAAUUUAAUGCAGACAGAUUUGCCUUGUUUUAUGUUUUGCAUCAGUCUCCCUAUGAAAAUUUACAGAAAUAUGCAACAUUACUCAGCCUUUAAAGUUGGACUGUAACUAAAAUUCAUAAGUAAUUAAUAAAUACAGUAUAUUCUUGUUGGUGGUUUUGACUUGUGACUUACAUGGUCUAAAUUGUACUCAACAAGAAGAGGAAAUGGAAGUUCUUUUUAUUUUUCUGCUGUGAUACUGCCUCCCAGUGGUAAUUGGCAUUCUCAAGGGGUGGUGAAUGUUCCAACUGAUGAUGUUUGGCAUUAAAAAUAGUUCAUGAAAUCACCUCAGUUUAAACAGCCACACACAGUUAAAGGAUAGGUUCACAUUUUUUGUUCACAAAGGUCCAGUGUGUCAGAUUUAGGGGCAUCUAUUGGGAGAAUAUAUCUUCCCCUUAGUCCACCAUUUUGCACUGCAAUAUAUCUACAGUAGCCCAGAAAGGACAAACCAAACACUGGCAAUUUUGCUGCCACCAUAGGUUCUCCUACAUUAAUGAAAGUUAAGGGGUAUUCAGUUGGUUGAAAUCUCCAACCUCACAACUAGAUGCCACUAAAUCAUGCCAGUAUGAACAUGAGGCAUGCACAACGCAAAAACGCUUUCAGUGUUCAAAUGGGCAUCUAUAUUGUUCUAAGACAGCCUUGAGAAAUUGUGAUCCUGUUCUUUAAUCAGCUGUGGUGGCAACGCUGCUGCAGCCAUUGAUUUUUGCUGUUAUCAUUCCUGACAUUGCUGUGUGACUUUCUGCGUUAGUUCACGGGAGUAAACAUUGUGUUGAGGUCAAAUGACUACCUGUCGUUUGUCACCAUCAAAUCUGGACCUAUUAAAGAUUUUCUGAAAAAUGUUAAAAAUAUGUACAAGCGCAGCCUUUUGAAAACUAAGGGUUGUCUUCUUAUCUAUUAAAGUAGUGCACAUUGGUCUGUAUUACUCCUGCACAUCAGUGAAACCGUUGUUUUGCAGAUUGUUGCAUUGUUCUUUCAACCAAAACAUGACUAACUUGGUCACUGUUCUGUAUAGAAGUUAAAAAGUUAAUAAAUGUGAUUUUUUUAAACUGCAUUUAAAGCCUUACACUAAUCUUUAUAUCUGCGUGUGAUUGUUGACUAAACUUUUAUGGAUGGCUAAAUAUGAGCAAGAUUGCACUUCUUUAUAUAUCCAAAUGAAAAAAUAGCUCAAUAUUUCUCUAACUCUGAACAUCCACAUCAUCAAAAAGAUGUAUGUAAUUUGGGAAAUGUAUUAAAGUUGAUAUUAGUUGACUUCAUCUGCUUGAGUUUCAGUUUUGUCCAGUUAAAUGAAUAAAAUGGGGUGAUGGUUCAGUAAUUGAAUAUAAAACUUUAAUAGUUACAUACAAGCAUAUUCUCCACAAAAGUUAGUAAUUUUGUGCAUUUGUAGAAACAAAACAGUAUUUCUAGUGCGUGACUGAAAAUUGAAAUGUGCACAGUCCUGUGUAUACAAUAUUUUCCUGGGUUAAACAGUUCAGGCACUUGCUCAGUUGUGAACUCAAACAGUAGAAAAC